CACAUGUGCACAAUUGCUUGACCUAUUAGCAGGAGAAUAUGGCCGCCGGGAGCCCAGCCGGAGAUCCGGCUGACGAUUUCAACUUUCCGACCGGCUUGGCCAUCCAACCGAGCAGCAAGAGCUGCAGCAGCCAAGCAGGUUGCGAGCUUGAUGCGUGGGAUGCAGAUACUGCGGAGGACAUUGAUCGAUGGGGUAUAGCAGGGCGGGUCUGGGAAGCGGCAUAUGCUCUGCGCGAAUACCUCCGGCCACCAUGCGAGUCCGCUCUCGAGUUUGACCCUCCAUGCAGUUUCUUCGCUUUGCCGCCGAAUGCUUCUCCAGAUGGCACAGCAGCAAGAGGACCAACGUUAGCACGCGCUGUGUCAGCGGUUGAGCUGGGCUCCGGGGUCGGCUAUGUUGGUAUUCACCUUGCCCUAGCGCUCUCAAGGGCUCAUGGUCGAUCCUCCUGUCAACGAGUCAAAGAUAAUGUUGAGACUAACCGGAGUGCGCCAAUGCCGACAUCACCGACCCCCACUGUCAUUUUGACGGAUCUUGAUCAUGUCUGCCCGUUGCUGGAGCGAAAUGCUGCUCGCGCGCUGCGUCCUCCUUCAGCAUCGACCACAGCACCAGAUCAAGCAUCGGGCGUGAAGUUGCUCGUGCGACCAUUGCCAUGGGGCUCUUCCAAAGCGGCGGAGCGGAUCAUGAAAGAGGACAUUGCUUCAAGGACGGAAAGCGCCGUUUCUGAAAGCGCCGCUCACACAGCCUCUACCUCGGCACCGACGCACAUUGUUUGCUCGGACCUAGUCUACUUUCCCGAACUUCUACCACCGCUAUUGCGUACAAUCAUCCAGCUCAGCGAGCCGCAGCGAACGACAUCAGCAGAAACAGCGACAAGCGAGCUGAUCAUAUCGUACAAGGUACGCUCGCUCGCAAAGGAGCAGCCGUUCUGGCAGGCACUAGGAGCCUGGUUUGACAUGGAGCCGGUUCAGUGUCGACGUCGAUGGAGGCGGAAACCCGAUAUUGUUGGGGAAGAAAGGGCGUGGGAGCAUAUGGCAGGCCCAUGGGGCCCAUGGCAUCGAUUUGGGCGCUGGAAGUCUGAUCUGGGUCUUGGUGAGGCCUCCAAGGCUGAAUCACCGCGCUAUGGUAGUGACAAGCAAAAUGCAAACGCGUUGGGAGCAGGAGCGAAAACGCCUGACAGCGACCGCGAAGGCGAUGCCGAGCAGCACACUACAGGUGAUGCUAAAGAUGAGGCGGAAGAAGCAGAGGAGGAAGCAGAGGAGGAAGCAGAAGAUGAUAUGUUUAUAUUUGUCUGUCGCCGCAAGCGCGAGAGCUUGGGAUACGAGCCGCCGUCAGAUGAUGCCAAGCUGAUGGGCGGCUGGAGGGUCAUGGAAGGUGCUGGUCCAGGAGGAGCAACGUCAGAAUCAGGGUCAGAGGAGGUACUGCAGCAAGGCAGCGAAGGUGGUGCGAUCCGUGCGGCAACCUCGACCGUCCCCGCUGCUUCCCUCGCUACCGCAGGAGAUACGUUUGAGCUUCUGCUUCUUGGCAUGCUCGAACCGUAGUGUAGUCCAUUUGUAAUUCCCAGAGAAAGCA